GCUGAACAAAAGAUAUGGGAGAAAUUUCAACACAGCAUAAACCGGUACGAGAUGUAUUCAUAUAACAACUCCAAGAUAGAUGACCUUCUACAGUAUCUGCGUUCAGAACCCAUGUAUGAAGUUGAUGAGAAGUCAGGAGGUACACAAGUGAAGAUGGUCCUUACAUUUCGAGAUGGUGGUCAGAGUCUGAUGAAACCAUGGAGAGUUCAACGUGAAUACGAGACAUUACCCGACCAUUUUUAUUUCUCUGAUAUAGAGCGUCACAAUGCCGAGAUCUCGGCCUUUCACCUUGAUAGAAUUUUAGAUUUUAGACGAGCGCCCCCUGUCGCCGGUAGAUGGUUCAACAUCACCAAGGAUCUAUUCGAGUUAGCAGAUCCAGCAUUUAGAAAAACAUUUUUUAGAUCACCAGCAAACAACGUGUGUUUUGUAGGUCACUGUUCUUAUUACUGCGAGACUGAGACAGCAGUAUGUGGUAAACCUGAUAUGAUCGAGGGUUCUGUAGCUGCCUUCCUGCCUUCUUUCAAAUCAGCUCCUAGAAAAACAUGGCGGCACCCAUGGAGACGAUCUUACAGUAAACAUAGAACAGCAGUUUGGGAGCAGGACCCUACAUAUUGCCAUCGUAUUGUUAUGAACAAACAUCCCUAUAACAGCGGGAGGAGACUGCUUGAUGUAAUGGAUAUGUCCAUCUUCGAUUUCCUAAUGGGUAAUAUGGACAGACAUCACUACGAGACAUUUGAAGCCUUCGGAAACUUUACCUUCCCUAUUCAUCUCGACCAUGGUAGAGCGUUCGGGAAGCACCAUCAUGAUGAACUGAGUAUAUUGGCACCACUUAUUCAGUGUUGUAGAUUACGGCAGUCGACGCAUGAACGUGUAAAGCUUCUUGCUUCGGAUAGGUACCGUUUAAGCGAUGUUAUGCGAGAUUCGCUAGCAACCGAUAGAUUAGCGCCUGUAAUUAUCGAGGAACAUCUAGAAGCGCUAGACCGACGUCUUUCUAUAAUUCUUGAACAGCUCACAAGAUGUGUCACAAGAAUUGGAUCCGAAGAAGAAGUCUUCAAACCGGAACCGCGGAUAGAGGAUUAUAAGGAAAAAGAAGCGAUGCAACCGUACGGUUCGGAUCUUGACGAUGAUGACUUUGAUUUUUAAGAACGAUAAAGGAGAAUUCAAUAUGUUUUCUCUUUCAUUGAUUUGACUUAUUCACAGUAUGGCUUUUCAAGGAAGUUGAAGAGAAAUCCUAAGCAUUCCGUUUUAUAGAUGAAGACUUGUGUCAACUUGUGAGACCAUCUCAUAUUAAAGUGAUUACACGUUACAUCACUAUUUCAUAUUUUUCACAUGGUAUUUGAUGAGAACUCCGUUGUUCGACUUCAGUCAGUCGUCAAAUCUCAUGACAAUUUACAACUCUUCGUAGAAUUUUGUAGAAAAUUAUGAUAUUUAAUGCUUUAUUUCAUUACUCUAAGCAUCAUCCACACUUAACCGGGUAACCUAAAAAGUAGGAACAACUCUGUAAUUCUUUUGCACGUACAAUGGUUUUAUUUUCUCUUUUAAGGCGGUUAAUCGAUGUUAAAGUUUCAUGGCAUGACUCUGUAACGUUAUAUUUAUAUGUGUGUGUUUUGCCUUACCUGAAAAUACCAGGUGAAAUUUUUAGAGUAUUAUUCCAAAAAUACUUUUUAAUAGCGAAUGCAAUCCCUUGUAAACGGUUUGUGUUUAUUUCUUUCCUUCUAAAUGGCAUAUAUCUAUAAAGUAACGAUGGAAUGGUUAUGUGAUACGCAUUUUUAAUUUUGAUUAUUUAUUUUGUGCAAUUCUAAGUGUUCUUAUUGGUAUCGAGUACGUGUUAUAUGUUUCAUAUUUUAAGUUUUGGGAUCUAAUACUGUUUUUUUCUUCUGAAAAAUCGUGGUACCAAAAAUUCGACCAGUAAUGAUCUCUGCUCCUUAUCAACCAAAGUGAUAGUUAUUCCUUUCUCAGUGACUGUCUUGUAGAUCUUUGUUUGUUUAAUCUGUGAAGACCUCGCUAUUUACAUUAUGUUUUCAUUCUACCAUCGAGAAGAUACCAUAUUUGUGUUAUGUGAAUGGUGAUUGAAAGAGGUGUUGGGAAUGUUAUCAGUGUUUUCACUUGGUGUUUUCAUACAUUUGUCAGAGGGGAUAUUGAUAGAGAGCCAACUAUCUAGCCAACUGAACCAAUUAUCAAGCAAUACUUACCUGACUAAUGAGACAUAACUAAUUAGAACAUCAGCUUAAUGCAAACAAUGCGCUACCGUAUACCUUAAUGAAACACUUAUUCCUAUGUGAUCUGUAUUCGUCGUAGUUAUUGUUUGUACCAAGGAGACAUUUGCCAUAUUUGUCUAGAUAUACUGUGAUAUGUUUUAGCUUAGUUUAUUUCGCUGGCUUUAGAGAUGCUAUGUGUUAAGUGCUUUGAUAUACCUAUUUAAUUUGAAUGAUCUAUGACAUACAUGAUUCAAGUGCCAUGUUAUUCAAUUGUUAGUUGGAUAAGACAAUUUUUUUCUUGUAUGACUAAAUGGCGUGUGUUUACGGUUGGUAUAUUAUCGAUGAAUCGUAUAUUUUGUAAAUUAUAUAUUUAUUGAUCAUGUACUCUUGAAAAUUAUACUAUACUCUUUCUCAUUGUUUUAUAAUUGAUCAUAAAUAUUUGUAAAUAACCAAAGGUAAUAAUUCAGAUCACGGGGAUAAGAUGAUAACUUAAAUUUCUACGAUUAGAAAAAAACAAAUCAAUAAU